AAUCUUUCCACAAUUUUCUCCACAAAACAAGAAUGAACAUCUUCCAGCUCUCCAUGCUCCUCAGCAUGGCUCUCACUGCGUUGGCGGCGUGUGAUCUCCCGGUGUGUUUUGGAGGGGCUCCCGACCAGCCUGAUCGGUGUACGGCUACGGACUGCCAGACCUACGUUUGCGAAAAUGACGGAGGUUGUGGAGCCGGGAACAAUGUAUGCAUUCCUACGGGGGGAGGAGGAGCGGCUUGCGCCUAGCUUUGGCUCGAGCAUAUAGCGGUGGGCUUGGAGGGUGUAGGGGAUGUGCGGAGUGUUGUUGGCACAAGUCUCACCAUACGGCCUCAGGGCCGCCUGCGAGUGGUGCAACCUUCCGGGGUAAUGUGCGGUCGGCGAUGGCCACGAGUUAUCCAGAAUCUCACCAACCUGAUAGCGAGAGGGUCGUCCUUGGUAGCAGACCAGACACACUCUGCCAUGAGCGCUGCACGCUUGCAGUCCUUCCUGAUACCAAAUUCACCUUCUUCAU